AUGAAAGCAACCUCUCUCUUCCGCACGGCUCGAGCAGCAGCAGCAACAAUCACGCGCUCCACGCCGACCCGUCCCUCAUCAAGUCUUCUUCCCAGUCUCCGCCGCAACGCUACUUCAGCCUCGACGCCUCUGGCGCUCAGACCCUCAGCUCUACUAAACCCUCGUCUCCUGCGUUCCUGCGACGGCCCUCGCACGUUUUCCACCUCCCGUGUCUCCUACAAAGGGAUCCUCCCUGAAAGCUCAGAGCCACAACCACCCAACACCGACUCGUCGCCCGGCAGCAGCCCCGCACAGAUUACGGACGCAGAGUACCACGAGAUAGCAGACCAGUACCUCGACACGCUCGUUCUGGCCCUCGAGGAGCUGAGCGAGUCCAGAACCGAUGGCCUAGAGGUUGAAUUCUCGGCUGGCGUACUCACGGUCACUCACCCGCAAGCCGGCACGUACGUGAUCAACAAACAGCCUCCGAACAAACAGAUCUGGCUGUCUUCUCCCGUGUCUGGACCGAAGCGGUACGACUGGGUGGUCUCGGGCGCAGGGCAACAUGAGAAGGAAGGCUCAGAGGUCGAUGCUGGCGACGACGGAGCCGGUGGAAGAUGGGUCUACUUGCGCGAUAACAGCCAACUGAGUGACUUGUUGAAGAAAGAGCUCGGUGUCGAGGUCACAAAGGAGGACGAAGCCGAUGCUAUCGGCGGACGAGAAGGUCCUGCCGGUCAGGGUUCAUCGAUUGCGUGA